AACCACGCAAACUCCCCCCAAAACUCCCAAACACUUCACUAAAAUCCCACAACCUUUUUCAUGACUUUCUCCCCUCCCAUCGUCGCACACUUUCGCAAAUAUAUUCGUCAGCAUGGCUGACUCCUGCAUCGUCUGUCUCGAAGACUUGGACUCCGUUCCUGAUCCAGCCGUUCACGAUGAUCGUCCACAUGCGGGUGCAGUGGCGGCACAGGCCACUGAUUUGGACCUGCCACAACCAAAUCCCAGCACAACCAUAAACAACUUGGCUAUUGCUCUGAUAAAACCGUGCGGUCAUAUUCUACACGACGAAUGUUUGCGGGAAUGGUCACAGCAGGCUAAUAGUUGCCCCAUUUGUCGCCAAGCAUUCAAUCUGGUCGAGGUCUUAGAUAAGGUUGGAGGUAUGUUACCCCUUGGACCCGAAUAUCUCCCCCACGCAAUCGCACAACCUGCGAAUAAUUCCUCUUUCUGCGAGCGACUCCUCCAGUUCAAAAUUAUCCUUCAGUAAUGAAGGGCUUACUUGUCAGGGCUGAGUCGCUCACUGCAGCUGGAAGUCAGCUAAAGGAGGGGCAGUGUCACAUUCAGCUACAAUUAUUUCAAGUGCUAACUAUUUUCGCCAGGUACUGUCAUUUCGGAGUACGAGGUCGAGGACAAGAAACAAGUGGCCGAAUUCGACCCGAGUGCUUGGAUUGAGGAUGAAGAGGAGGAAGAACCAGCACGCCCCUGCCCCAUCUGCGGAGAGGCAGAUCAAGAAGAUGUCCUUUUACUCUGCGACGCAUGCGAUGCCCCGUACCAUACACACUGCACUGGUCUCGAUCGCGUUCCAAAUGGCCACUGGUUUUGUAUGGAAUGCGAACAUGAAGGUGCAUAUGAGAGAGCUGCGUCACCAUCUGGAACGCCUCUGAGAGGAAGAUUGGCACCUAGAACCUUAGCUACAGUUCGCAGAGCCCGCCACCGGACAAGGGCAGAUCACUGGCAAGGUGCUUGGAGUAUGUUGAGUAGGAGAAUUCACGAUGUCAGUGGAUUGGACCUGGAUUUCUCCGACGACGACCAAAACUUGUCCGAUUACAGGGUAUCCCAACAUCGGACCGACGAUGAGCAAAGACGGUUCAGUCAGUGGCAACGCCGGAUCAAUAUUGCAACUCGACAAGGAGCCAGAGACGCUUUUCGCGCUGCUGUUCCUUCAAGUAUCCGUCCAGAAACCCCCGUCGAGUCAAUCGAGGAAACGAGGGCAUGGAACGCGUUUGAAAAAGCCAAGGAAAUGGAUACAGCCAGUCCAAACCGUCGGAAGAGAAAGUCAAGGUCUGUUACAGCUUCACCAUGUGAGGGCCCCUCAGUACCGGCAGAGCCAGAGCGCAAGCUCAAACGACCACGUACUCGCAGAGUUCUGGACAGGCCAGAAUCGGCAGCCUCACCGUCGGUUGCGAGUUCAAGUCGUCCUAUCAGCAGCAACCGCUCAGGGUCGCCAAGUACAAGACAUCUGAACGAUGCGAAUGGACAGCCCUCAUUUCUCUCGUCGCUCUUGAAAGAGGUGGAAAUGCAUCAUGGUUCGGAUGACGAGCGCUCUACCUACUCCUCGACUACUAUCUCAGCCCCCAACAGAGUCACCAGCCCCAUUGAUUACUCCUCUCCAGCUGCUUCGCCCACUUCAUCCUCACCAUAUCACACACCCCGAGCAAUGUCUACUACUCCACCCCCACACUUCACCGAUCGAUCAAGAUCUCCACUAACACUGACUUCUCAUAUCGAACCAAUAUUCCCUCCCGCCAAUUAUUCUCCAAAUCGAUCGUCCCCAGACAAUAAAACAGAACAUGAUCAUCAGUGCUCUUCGCCAACAACCGAAAUCCGCCAACCACGUCCAAGACAAAGACCCGUAAAGUUACCUCGCUCUGAGGAUAGCUCACCUGUUCGAGCCGCUAUGUCCAUCGAAGCCAAAGAAGACAUCAAUAAAAUCGUCAAGUCCGCGCUUGCACCACAUUGGAAAGCCGCUGCGCUGACAAAAGAACAAUACGCCGACAUUAAUCGCGACAUAUCAAGAAAGUUAUACGAGAUCGCCGCCGAACAACGAAUCAACGAUGAUUCUGGCCACGAGCUUGGAAAGAUCGCUACAACAGAGGUAGCAAAUGCUGUGAAAUCACUAAAGGCUUAAACGACGACACGUACAUUUCGACUAACAUGGCGAACUGGCAUUGCAUUUCGGGAAUUUCAAGGCGCAACUGAGAGAUACCCGUUACAGGCAUUGGGAGGGGGUGUUUGACUGGCGUAUUUAGGGGAUUGAGGGAUAAAUGUUAUCAAACGACUGGAUAUGAUUUGGCAUUUCCAGGGCGUUUAACGGUGACUAGAUGCAUUCUCUGCGACAAAUCUGCAUGGAUUGCAUGAUACUGUGUAUAGAUGAAUGGAUUCAAUUACUACUUGUUCUAAAC